AUGGUGCGCGCUAUUCCGGCCGAGAUCGUUGAGAUCUUCCUCAAACAUGUCAUACACGGCAACGGCGAACGCGGCACAAGCAUCGUUAACUUGCUCUGCGUCAGCGCUAUAUGGCGCGACAUAGGCCUCCGACUCCUCUGGUCCGACAUUGUCGUGGAUUGCGACAAGCUCGCUCGCUUCGUCCAAGCGCCUGCUUCGUCGAACUUUGGCCUCAUCACAAGCCUCACAUUCACUUCCGAGCCACCCAAGGAGACCAACGAUGAACAGAUACCAUCUAUUGGAAGCCUCUUUGCUGGUGUAAGCUAUCGAUCUCCGGAUGUCAAUAAGUCCUGUCGUCAGCUGAACUCCACGCUGAAGGAUCUGGCCACGAUCUUACCACUCAUGACCAAGAUGAAAACGUUCUCCUUCUACAUCCAGAUCCAAGAUGGUCAGCUUCGAGCUCAUAGUACCGCAAUCUCACGUCACACCUUAGCGGUCGUCGUCAAAUCUCUGCCGGAGUCAUUGGAGAGUCUCGAAAUCGACACCAAGUGCUACGAUCGAGCCCUUGAUGGCGAGACUGGCGAGCAUCUGUGCCACACGAUCGCACAGCGAAUUCCAAGCCUCAUCAACCUGCGACUGAGACUAGCGGUGAUGUGCCCCGAGAUCAUCGCUGCUUCCAAGACUCUCAGAUCAUGCGUCAUCUGCUUAGGUGCAGGUCGCGGUCCUUUUUCAGUCACAAUUAGAUGCGACGACAAGAACCAAGGCAUUCCAAUUUCGGGCAAUGAGUCAGACACUCGAAAGUUUUGGCACGACCUCAUCACCAGUAUGUCGACCAAGCUGCUGCCAUCCCGCAAUCUCAAGAAGCUAGUCGUCGUUGAUGCGACAGGAUCCUCCGGCAUGCAACUCGGUAAAUUCGAUAUCAGAGAUCUCCUGACGAGUAAAACCACGUCGUGUCCUGUCCAGACGCUUCGCUACCUCAACAUACUCGUUCGAUACCCCCAAGGCGCUGAUCCCAGCAACAUCUGCGACGUGGCAGGCUUCAUGGGAGACGUCGAAGAGUUGGUCGAAGGCCAAUCCUGGCACACCACCACAACCGGCUCCCGCUUCCCUGACGACUACAAGACCUCCUCAAUGGGCGCAAAGCACGACUGGGCCACGAAUCGCAAGCAUGCGACCCCAGAGAGCUGGCCAGCCAAAAUUACAGAGAAUGCUGGCGAUCCGUCCUUCGCAGACCACUCAAAGUACUGGACAGCUUUGCAUGGUGGACCAUCCACGCUGUGGGAAGACGAAGCUAAGGCUGGAAGACGCUUAGUGGAGGUCAGAGUCGUUGAUGGUGUUGGUGAUACAGAGCCCAUUAUCCGUCUUAAUCAGAAGGAGAAAGAUAAUAGUGUCGUCCUUGAGCAGCAAGCUCAGCAGCAAGCUUGGUCUGCUCCUUCUACAUCAGGCUUGUUUGGAUUUGCGUCAAGUUCGACUUCGACCGGUGGAUAG